CGGAGCGUAUAUAACACCGGUGCCGCCGAUCCUGUGCGCCCGUGGUCCGCUUCGUCUCGUCCUCUCGUCACGUAAUCCGCGCGUCUCAGCCGUCGCCGCCGACCGUCAGCAGCCGUCGCCGAUUCCGCAGACGAGACCGACUCCGCCGGGACGAACCGACUUGUGCGCCGCCCGCCGUAUAAUAACGAUCCGACUUUACGCGCACACACGCACACACACGCCGCCGACAGCCCACCGCGGUGUUUGGUCGAUAAUAUUUAUUUUAUUGCGUACACGACAACUCGGCCGCCGACCACAUAAUAUUAUACGGUUGUUAUUAUUAAAUCUCUCAUAGCGAUAUCGCGAAAUACAAUAUUAUCGUCGGAAGAACCAGGACUUGGGUAUAGACCAGCCGCAGCGACCGCAAGAUGCACCCGACCGUUGCCGCCGCCCUGUUGAUCGCCGCCGUUCAGGUCGUUCAAGUCGCCGGCGCCUACACGCCAUGGGAUCAUUUAUUCGACUACCGGGAUGAACAGGUGCCGGAUGAACGGCCAACCAAAUAUUGCGCGGCGUGUGAUAAGCCGUGCGGGGCCCAACCGGAACGGAGGUCGGCUUUCGCAAAGAUCGUUAACGGAAAAGACACGCGGGAAAACGAAUUCGGUUGGGCGGCCACGUUGGCCCGUCGCGGUCAGUUCUAUUGCGGCGGCACGCUCAUCACCAAGAAGCACGUGCUCACCGCCGCCCAUUGCGUCGAGAAUUUCAGUCCUAAAGAUCUAACCGUGACCAUCGGUGAACACGACCGGAAAGUCGAUACCGGUCGCAAGUCCGUGCACCAUGUAACCAAAAUCCACCGGCACCAAGAUUUCCGACUGAGCACAUUUGACAACGAUAUCGCGAUCAUAGAACUUCGUGAAGCCGUAUCCCUCAACAACCCGUGGGUGCGCGUAGCGUGCUUACCCAAGUCCUCUGACACGUCUUACGAAGGUAUCAAGGGAACCGUGAUCGGAUGGGGCAGAUUGGGCGAACGCAAAAAGUCGUCCAACAUCUUACAAAAAGUCGAAGUCCCAAUCAUAUCGAACACGGACUGCAAGGACAUGGGAUAUUCGCCAGAGAAGAUCACCGGUAACAUGAUAUGCGCUGGUUUCAAGGAAGGUCAAUAUGACGCCUGUCAGGGUGAUAGUGGCGGACCAAUGCACAGACGUUUAGAUUCUUCUGAUAUCAUGGAAGUCAUCGGAAUUGUGUCUUGGGGCAAAGGAUGUGCCAGAGAAAACUAUCCGGGAGUGUACACCAGAGUGGCCAACUACCUGGACUGGAUUAUGGAUCACACGGGAGACGAAUGCAUCUGCGGAGCAGAAAGUUCCUGAUCCCCCGUUUUUUCGUUACCUCAACUUCACCACUUACAUUUUAAUAUACCACACUUAAAAUUAUUAUAAUAAUUAUAAUUAUUAUUGUUAUUAUUAUUAUUAUUAUUAUUAUUAUUACACUCAUGUGCAUAACUAAGUAUAAAUCGAAACGUAUAUUAUAUUUAUAUAAUGUUACUGUAUAGCUUAUAAUGUUAUUAACCACCGAAUAUGAUUACCUACAUUUUAAAAUAUUGUUAUAUAUUAAUUUAUAUAUACGAUGUAAAUUACGUAAAGUCUAGUCAA